CAGGAGUUAAUAUGGUUCACGUCACGUCCGCCCUUACUCGCCUGUAACCAGUAUGGCGGAAGUGGAGGAGCAGCCCCUACCUCUCUCUCCUCAGGACAGUGGCCGAGGCGAGUGUGGAGAAGAGCCCCCGGACGGGGGAGCGGCGGUGGGGGUUGCCGAGGCGGCUCCCCCUUCAGCCGGCUCCCCGGUGACCGAGGAACCUGCCGAGGACACCAAGAAGAAAAUUGACGUCCUGCUGAAGGCCGUGGGGGACACGCCGAUCAUGAAGACCAAGAAGUGGAGCGUGGAGAGGACCCGCACCAUCCAGGGCCUCGUUGACUUCAUCAAAAAGUUCCUCAAGCUGGUGGCCUCGGAGCAGCUGUUUAUAUAUGUGAAUCAGUCCUUCGCUCCUUCUCCAGACCAGGAAGUCGGGACACUGUAUGAGUGUUUUGGAAGUGAUGGCAAACUUGUACUGCAUUACUGCAAAUCUCAAGCUUGGGGAUGAAUGGUAAGCAGCCAUUGAUGCCUAGGACUGGCCUUCAGAAAGGAAAAGGCCUCUGAUAAUCUUCAGAAACAAUGCCCAUGGACAUGCUGAAGAGAACUAUACAUUACUGACUAUGAAUUUAUUUUAUUCUGUGCAUUUCUCUACAAAAUGAUGCAGAUGACUUGCAUAAAAGAAGAGUUACAUAG